AUGACAGAGAAUCUUGGUGGUGAGGAAUGGAAGAAGAUUGUGAUGAUCACUGUAUACAAGAUAAAUAAUGAAGGAGAGAGCACUGAAGAAGGUUGUGACAGGAAAAGAGCAGAGAAUGACAGAGAGAGCAAAGAAAAGAAGGAAGAAGAAGCAUUUGAGCCGAUAGAGACAAGGGCAGACGAGAGGAAAACAAAGCAGAGCACUUGUGCUCUGUCAGAGUUCGAAUAUCCAUUCUUCACGAACUGGGAAGCCUCAUGCACUGAAGAAUGGUUAUAUAAGGCCUCUCUUCAACAACUCCCUUAUCUGCCACUGUAA